CUCAGAUCCCUGGAUUCAUCGGCUAUUCAUUGUGCUUAAUGUACAUGUUUCUACACCGUGCGUUUAGGAGAUCCCAGAGAAGAAUCCAAAACGGCUGCGGGGGAAAGACCACCAAACAUGCCUACAGAAACACUACCGACAGGUAGCAUGGUGAAGCCGGUCAGCCCUGCCGUGACUUUCACAUCCGCCGUCCCUCUCCGCAUCCUGAACAAAGGACCUGACUAUUUUCGCAGGCAGGCGGAGCCUAACCCCAAAAGACUGAGCGCGGUGGAGAGGCUGGAAGCCGACAAGGCGAAAUACGUCAAAAGCCAGGAGGUCAUCAAUGCCAAGCAGGAGCCCGUGAAGCCAGCAGUGCUGGCGAAGCCGCCGGUCUGUCCUGCGGCCAAGCGGGCACUGGGCAGCCCCACCUUGAAGGUCUUCAGCAACAAUGCAAAGACCGAGAGCGGUGUCCAGAGAGAAAAUCUGAAGCUAGAGAUUCUGAAGAACAUCAUCAAUAGCUCUGAAGGCUCCAGCUCGGGUUCGGGGCACAAGCAUGGUCCCCGAAACUGGCCACCCCACAGAGCCGAUUCGACGGAACUGAACCGACAUUCGUUCGCUGAGUCCUUGAAGGUCUAUCCCACACAGGGCCGUAGCAGCCCCCAGGAGAGCAGCUCCAAUGUCAGUAGAAGGCUCCUAGACCAGUCGGCAGAGACCUUCUUGCAUGUCUCUCACAGCUCCUCAGACAUUAGGAAAGUAACUAGCGCAAAGCCCUUAAAAGCAAUACCUUGCAGUAGUUCAGCCCCACCUCUGCCUCCAAAACCCAAAAUUGCUGCCAUUGCCACCCUGAAGUCCCCAGAGAUUGAGGCAGUUGAGUCUGGAUGCGGGGUUAGUAGAAGACCCUCCCUACAGCGAUCAAAAUCAGACUUAAGCGACAGAUACUUUCGUGUCGACGCAGAUGUUGAACGAUUCUUUAACUACUGUGGACUGGAUCCUGAAGAGCUUGAAAACCUUGGGAUGGAAAAUUUUGCAAGGGCUAACUCUGAUAUUAUAUCCCUCAACUUUCGCAGUGCAAGCAUGAUUAGCUCAGACUGUGAACAGUCUCAGGACAGCAACAGUGACCUUAGAAAUGAUGACAGUGCCAAUGACCGUGUGCCAUACGGCAUUUCUGCUAUUGAAAGGAAUGCCAGAAUCAUCAAGUGGUUGUAUAGCAUCAAGCAAGCUAGAGAGUCACAGAAAGUGUCCCAUGUGUGAGAAAAUCCACAGGAGAAAAAGCAAGGACUGUAUCUUUGUCUGUGAAUAUUCAGUUGUGAAGGGUUGUGAAGUCUACUUGAAGUCUUGUACACUUCUCAAAUCUCUUUGUGUUGCUUGUUGUGCAAUGUUUCCAAGUUGCAUGCCUGUCAACAUGUGAACUGACCUGGCUUCCACUUGAACAAUAACCAACUGCAGAGCCUGGCUGAGCAUACACAUUAUCUGCCAAAAGUUUAAGACAAGAAUCUAAUUAGGGCUUUAGUAUAAUCAAAGUGUUUACAUGGAAAGGUUAUAUGACUUCUUUGGUAUUUAUGUGGUUCCUUGUGGGUUUUAUAUGUCACUUUUUGUCUUAAUACCGAUAUCUUCAACUGACGUUUCUAGGUUCUAAGUUGAAAUGGAAUCCCGUUUGGGGGGAGAGUGGGGGGGGGGGAGGAGAAAAAUUGGCCACUGUAAGAGGUUUAGACAUGCAGCAGUAGUCAAAGCAACCUUAUCUCUUGUAGAAGGUGGAUUAUUGGCAGCUGUAAAGCUGUUUCUGAAAGGCAAGGAAUGCGCUGUUCUUUGCUAAAAUAUGUAUCCCUACCUGUAGUAAGGGACUGUUUAGGUUUCUGUUUCUAGAUAAGCAUCCUCAGUCUCACAGCUGAGGUGGUCUGAUGAAUCUGCUUGACCACUCAUAAACUGAGUAUUGCAUUUGCUUUGGUGUAAGCAUUUUAAUGAUUUUGUAUUACCCUGUUGGAAAAGCUUAACGAAGGCUAGAGUCAACACACAAAAGCAUCACAGGUGCAGGAUUUUGUGGGUUUCGUUUUUACUCUUAAGAUUCCUGGUCUUAAACUUUUGACAGGAAUGAUUAGAUCCUAUAGCUGAUAUUGAAUGCCUUUAUUAGUCAAACACAUCAUGACUACAAAGUCCAUGCUGUCUUUUAAUUUUUUUUGUAGACCUAUUUGAACAGUUAAUGAACAAAAAUGGAAACACACAGCCAUAUCAAUGUAACGCCUCCUAUUCCGAAGUAAAUACACUCAGUAGCUGAACUAUAUCUGAAAAAUUGUGAUUAUGUUGUCUUGCAUAUGUUAUAUCUAAGGCUGUGAAAGUUUGUUACAGCUCUAGAAAGUGUAGAAACAUGACAGUAUGUAGCUUUAUUUUCUUUCCUCCUUAUGAUGGUUAGUGCUGCAGGUGAACCUGUUACGACUCUUUCGACAAUCUGUAUCUUCCCAAUGGUUUAAUUAACUGUCAUUUCAACUGACAGUUGUGGUGUGCUAGCAGAGGAGUUGAAAGUACAGUGGCCUGCUUCAUUAUUCUUGUAUACAUGCUUUGAAAUAAAUUGCAGCACUACCUUAUACUUCAUCAGCUAAUAGGAAACUUUUUUAUUGUGUAAAUGCUGUAAGACUUUGUAUAUACUUCAGUUGUUACGAAAUCUUUAAAAGGAAGAGUGUUAUGCUAAUAAAUAGCUCCUGGUGCA